AUGUCCGAUGAUUAUCCGACAGGCGUCGUUGCAGAAAAAGGCGGUGAUGGCCAAAGCGGGCCAUCAAAUUUCGGAAAUAGCACUGAACUUCAUCCCCGACCUUCAGAAUUGCCAUUCACGCAUCGAAGUCUGGAAAACAUUGCACCAUGCGUCUACGGCCCUUUUUUUCCCCUUUACUCGGCUGCGCAGCCCCUUCUUGCUGGAUAUUGGCAAUUGUAUAUGAGGGAGAACAACGAGUGCUUUCUCCAAGUUAUUCCAGAGAAUUGGUUCCCGAUGUCCCAUUUGAAUUCUGUGAUCUCGAACGGUGAAGGUAUUGACGAACUUUUCUCAAACUCCACUGUUCAGCCAAAUAUAAAGAUAGACGCAGUGAAAGCAUUACCGGUAUCUAAUUUGUCUAGAAAGAAAGCAGAAGUCCAUUUGUAUAAGAAGGAAUGCAUUAAAAUAUGGAAUAGAGAGAAGAAGAGGCUUGGGUAUCGACCAUGGAAUGGUAACGAAACUUGGGACAAAUACUCGUACGAAGCCUUGGUCCCUCUCAAAGAGGCAUUGUUGAAGGAGAACGACCAAAUUAUUUACGCGGCGAGAGCUAUGACCAAUGGUGAAUUCAAACAACUAUUGUAUCUGGAGUACCCAUGGGUACAGGCCUUAGAAAAAAGUGUGAAACCACAUAGUCGAACGAAUAGGCCUGUAGAUAUCAGUGAUUGGUCUCUCAAGGCUCCGACGUUCGACGAAGCAAAAUGCCAGAUAGCAGGAAUCCGCUGCGAAGCAAAAGCGAUUGGGGUGCCGAUUAACUCCCCAGAAGGACGCAAAAGGUACAAGGGACUUCGCUGCAAAUACUGCAUCGCUUCUCGAUCUAGGGAUUGUGAUGCAGGAAUGCAAUGUUGGAAUAACUCCUCGUCGAGACGAGUGCCACACACACAUUCCACCAAAUGGAAACGUGAGAAGGAAGAGAAAGCAGGAGAGGAAGAGACACGUACCAACCAAAGAAUGCGUGGUCCUAAAUUUCUCCGUGACGAUGAUUCUGGCGAACUACCACUUUCCGCUUCACAAGAGAGUACUUUGACAAUACAUAAUAGAAUCCCAGCCUCUGUCUCCAUAAUCGACCAAUUACUGGAUGAUAUCAAAGGAGGUUACCAUUCUCUUGCCGAGGAGAUGCAAGCCGAACGUACAAGGCUCGCUGCAGAGGUCGAAUCAAUGAAAAGACAACUGUCGGAUUCGAAUGAUGAAAUGAAGACGAUCAAACGAGAGCUUGCGGAAAGCAGGAGAUCGGAAGUAGAGGCUAGAGAGGACUGUCGAAUAAUGGAGGAGAGACUUUCGAUGAUGAAAAAAAUGGCUGAUAAAGCGGAAACGGCGCUUGCGAGUUAG